ACACUUUUGCCCUGAGCUAUUAUAGUUAAAGUACGAGGACGCUUGCGUGCUAUUGUCGAAUAGUAAAGCUUGUUUCAUUCCUUGUAGCCACGAGUGCCUGUAAAUGCGAACGUGAAAGCGUGGCUAAAACCUGCAUUAAAAAUUAGCUCUGCCUAUCUGUUUGUCCUCCUUGAACUACCUAUCAUUGGCACCUCGGCUUUAGGCUCCACGGAUCCUACAGCGUUGUUGAAGGGGGUUGGCCAAGCGACGCCUACCUGUCCCUGACCGGAGGGGUGGCAGAGACGAUAGACUUUGCUACCUACAACGACCACCCUUACGACCUUUUCCGGCGAAUAGCGAAUGCGUUUGGCAGUGGUGGCCUGGUGACUUGCUGUAAUCUUGCAGACGAAGAUAACAUGGGACUGGUUAGAGCGCAUGCUUACUCCCUGACCGGCGCUGAAGUGGUAAUGCGACAUGACGGCGAAAUGAUCCCUCUGGUCAGAAUUCGUAAUCCACAUGGCCAUCAGAGCGAGGAGUGGCAUGGAAAAUGGAGUGACAGGAGUGAUGAGUGGUCGACCCUCCAGAUGGGCAACAACCUUCACCAUGACAAUGAAGAUGGCGAGUUCUGGAUGAAUAUGGAUGAUUUCAUCAGAUACUUUGAUCAGACAACAAUCUGUUCCCUGACCCCGGACUUUGACAUAGACGGCCGAUCCGACCCAUUAAGAGUGAUGAGUGGUCGACCCUCCAGAUGGGCAGCAACCUUCACCAUGACAAUGAAGAUGGCGAGUUCUGGAUGAAUAUGGAUGAUUUCAUCAGAUACUUUGAUCAGACAACAAUCUGUUCCCUGACCCCGGACUUUGACAUAGACGGCCGAUCCGACCCAUUAAAUUACGUGCUGAAGAUAUUCGGAGAGUGGCGAGGAAGGACCUCUGUGGGUCAAGGACGAGAUUUGACGGAGAGACUAGGAAAUCCUAAAAUGGCGUUCACACUUCCUGCAGAAGGAGGUCACAUACCCGUUGUGAUACACGUCGUCCAGAAUGCUGACAGUGGCGAGAGGAUUUAUCACAUGCGGGUCGACUUAUUUAAGGUAAUAAAAGGUUCCGAGACUGAGAGCCACAUCUUCAUAGAAAGGAUGCCCUGUAAUACUGAAAUGAAGGAGUACUACUACCCCGCGCAUCAGUACACCUUCCGCUUCAGCCUCACCCCCGGGCGAUAUGUUGUGCUGCCGUCCCUUGUUCAUCCCGGUAUCAACAGGGAGUUUCUCAUCAGAGUCUUCUCGCCCCGGCCUCUCUAUAGAUGCAGGCAUUUACCAAAGAAGUUGCAGGUGGUUAUACAACAUCACAGAAGAUGGUGAUUAACUUUACGUCACAGGUGUCUUUGAUCAGAAUCCUCGUGUGAACUGAACAGUGAACAGAACAAUGAAGAGAACAGACCAAUAAAGAGAACAGAACAAUGAAGAGAACAGAACAAUGACUUAACAGUGAACUGAACAGUGAACUUAACAAUGAAUGGAACAGUGAACUGAGCAGUGAACAUAACAAUGAAUGGAACAGUGAACUGAGCAGUGAACAGAACAAUAAAGAGAACAGAACAAUAAGGAGAACAGAACAAUGACUUAACAGUGAAUUAACAAUGACUGGAACAGUGAACUGAGCAGUGAACAGAACAAUGAAGAGAACAGAACAAUGAAGAGAACAGAACAAUGAAGAGAACAAAACAAUGACUUAACAGUGAAUUAACAAUGAUUGGAACAGUGAACAUAACAAAGACUAGACCAGUGAACUGAACAGUGGUAUAAACAAUGCGGUUACGGGAUCAGCCUAUAUAAGGCAAGGAAUCAAUAAGUAUCUAUUCCUAACUCAUAUUAAUUUUUAAAUCCAUAACACAACUACUUUUCAUCUCCCCUGUAAAAAAGUAGCCAUAGUCUUACCCGAAAGACUAUGUGGUACGGGACCAUAAACCCAUACACAAAUACUAUUUAUCUC